AUGCCUCCAAGAGGAGCUCUAUGUCAAAGAGGUGUUGAUGCUAAUAAGGGACAAGCCCCUCAAGCUCCUAAUGAUCUUCUAGCCGAUCAAGUUACUCAUGUUGAGUUUCGAACUGCCAUCUUGAUGCUAGCCCAAGCCAUGACUACUCAAGUGAAUCAAGGAGUAGUGGCUAUUCCAAAUGUGUCUAUUCUGGCUUUAAGGGAGUGUCUUCGGAGAAGAAGGAGGAAUUGGUGGCCUACCAACUCAAAGGUGUCACCCAAGUGUGGUACAAUCAAUGGAAGACCAAAAGGGUUGAAGACAAUCCCAAAGCUCAUGAAUUAUGCUGAGCAAAUUGAAGGGGAGAAGCUUAAGGAAUGGAAAGUAAGGGAGUUUAAGAGGGAUCUGUAUAAAGAUGGGUUUUCUCAACCUAAAUUCGGUGGUGGUAAUGGCCGUUUCCAACAAUCCCAAAGGUUUCAAGGCCAAGGUUCUUUACAAGCUCUGGGUCAAAGAUUUGAUAAAGAUAGGGCCUCCAACCCUAAGGCCCAAGGUUGUAGUGCUAGAGGACCUACUUUUCCUAAGUGUACCGAGUGUGGGAGAAACCAUGAAGGUAAAUGUUUAUUUGGAUCUGGUGCAUGCUUUGGGUGUGGUAAAAUAGGGUACAAAAUCUCUGAAUGCCCUAACAAGGGGAGAGAAGGGCAUCAUCAAGGUCAAACUACUCAAGGUUGA